AUGACAGACAAACAAAAAGGUCUUAUUGAAGCAAUUGAAAUGAAGUUCCCAGUAGCACAUCAUAGGCACUGCAGCAGGCAUCUAUAUAAUAAUUUCAAGUCACAGUUUGGGGGAGGGCUUGCAUUGAGGAGAUAUUUCUGGGCUGCAAGUAAAGCAUAUAAUGCUAUUGGUUUUCAAAGGGCUAUGAAUGCCAUGAAAGAAGAGAAGCCAGCAGCAUAUGAGUGGUUGAUGAAGACUCCUGUUAGUAUGUGGGCAAGACAUGCAUUUGAUCACAAAGCCGAGAGUGAUCAUAUUACCAAUAAUAUGACAGAGUCAUUCAAUCAGUGGGUUGGAUCCUAUAGGAGCAAGUCAAUACUUACCUUAGUUGAUCAGACUAGAUUGAAAUUGAUGGGUAGGUUUCAAAAAAGGUAUGCAAAGGGUUGCAGCAAUGAAGAUGUGUUAACUCCUAGAAUGAAAAAGAGGCUUGAUAUGUUGCAGAAAGAUGUGAGGUAUUAUCAUGCAGUAUAUGCUGGAGCAGAUGAGUAUGAGGUGCAAGAUGGUCUGAAUAGCUAUGUGGUUAACCUAAAAAACAAGAGCUGUGAAUGUGGAGUGUGGGUAGCAACUGGAUUGCCAUGUAAACAUGUUGGGUCAACUACCAAUUGGACCAAAGUAGGACUGCUGGAGUAUUGUGAUCCAUAUCUGACAACAGAUAGAUAUCUCAAGGCCAAUGGUGAAAUGAUUCACCCAUUAUCUGAUGUCAAAACUUUAGCUGACACUGAACUGCUUCCUCCUGUUUUUAAGAGGUCAAUUGGUAGACCUAGUAAAAAUAGGAAGAAAGAAGCUGAUGAGCCACUUAAUAGAAGUAAGACGAUGAGGAAGAACCCCAGUAAUAUUUGUGACCAUUGCAAAGAAUUUGGUCAUAACAAGAGGACAUUCAAGAGAGGUCCAGUAAAGGGUGAAGGAAAGAGGCCAGCUUCUUCUAAAGCAGUGGUAUCAAGAGCAGUGGAGUCAAGACCAGUGGUGUCAAGAGUAGUUGCUGUCAAGGGCUCAAGGCUAGGACUUGCUGUCAAAUAUGGAGUUGCUGUCAAAGAGGUGUGCUGUGAAGGAGGAUAUGCUGUCAAGUAG